UUCCUUUUUGAAUAUCAUCGGCCCCCUUUCUCUUGGUGGUCGCUCCCUAAAAGUUCUCUUCGAGAAGGAGGUCUCGGUUAAUACACGACGCCGCAGGAUCGUAUUUCUAGAUUCAUCUUUCCUAAGAAGCAUCCUAAAUAACCACAAAGAGACCUGGCAGCCUGUGUACGCUACUGUUGCCCAAUCGAUAACCCAGGCCAGGACGCCUUAACAAAGAUGGACUACCAACACUUCUCAUACUCGGACACUAUGCAACUUCCGCUCUACGUGGAAAGUCCGCCAAUGGAUACUUUGGCUGAUGGCAUGAUUGAUCCGGUCCUCAAGCCUUCGACUUCUCCUUGGGCCCCGCAGAUGCGGCGUUACCUGUCAGAAAACAACAAACCUUCGCUUUUCGGCUAUCAGAUGACCGAAUCUGCCUUCCCUGAUACUGUCACGCGAAGAGAUGAUGCGAUAGCACCACUCCCAUCUAGCUUACAUCAGCGUCGAGAUUCACCCUCGUUUUCUCAUACAUCAUCGACGAGUAGUAGUAUGUUAAGCCCACCGGGUGAUAUUGACUACUACCAAGCAAACUCACCACCAACGCCCCCUGACACGACGUUUAUGUCUCCAUUCAUCAACCAUUAUGAGAGUACCAACUGUCAUGCCCAACUAUGCCAGUUCACCGGCCUUGCGGAUAACUGCGUGAAACCUAUUGAUAUUAACCCAUAUCAAGAGACGCCCGAGAGUUACUGCGAUGACAAUAACCCUAGGGCUGAAUUUCCUUCGAGAGGUUACAGUAUGUCAAGCGACGAUAGUGGCGUCCACACGGAAAUGUGCUGUAGAAGAGAGAAGACCGAAAUCGUUCAACCAAUGAGCCCCGAAGGAUUCACCCCGAUUGUGAAAGAAGAAAUAAACAUUCCAGAAUCUAUUGAGACUUACCCUGCAUUCGAAUCAGACGACGAAGUGACGUCUAGCGAGGAAGCGCUCCUCUUAAGUAUAAAACACGAAGAUGCAGAGGACGACGAUUAUAAACCAAAUCAAAGGCAGAAGCGCACAAAGUCCAAUGCAGGCCGUCAUGCGAGAAACCGCAAGCGACGUAGCAGUUCGGGGGUUUCCCCAGAAUUGAAGCGGCCCAAGGUCGAGUUCAGCAACUCCAACACAAUCGGAAGAUCGACUACUAAACCCAUGAUUCAAGGGGCAAAGGGCAGUUACUCUUGCACCGAGUGCUCCAAAAAGGUUUUCUUCAAGGAUGAGAACAGCCUGCAAAAUCACAUCAAGAAGCAGCACACUCGACCAUUCGUAUGUGUCUUCGGUUUCGCAGGUUGCAAUUCGACUUUUGCCAGCAAGAAUGAAUGGAAGCGACAUUGUUCUUCGCAGCACCUUGUUUUGAAUUAUUGGAUCUGUCAGCAGGACCAAUGCUCCAAGGCUUCGAGCAAAUCCUCUCCUGCCCGCCAUCGCUCCAAUGUCCACUGUUCUCAAUACAGCUCCUCAAGUAACCUUCCUCGUGGGACUAUCUUCAACCGUAAGGACCUAUACACACAGCAUCUCCGCCGCAUGCACAUUCCGCCAAACCUCAAGAAGCAGGUCAAGCAAAGGAAGCCGGCCCCCGAAUGGGAAGCCCGCGAACGCAUGCACCAAGACGAAGCAAAGAGGACGCGUUGCAGCCUCCCGACACAUAUGCGAUGUCCAGCUUUCGGCUGCGGCGGCCGUUUCGACGGACCAAAUGCUUGGGAUGAUCGAAUGGAGCAUGUCGCCAAACAUCUCGAGAAAGCUGUCACUGGCUCGGAGCAGCCAAUCGAAUUUGGCGGAAAACAUGACAAUACCCUCAUUGACUGGGCCACGCGCGCCGACAUUGCCAUUAUCGAGAGGGGCGAAAAGGGGAAGUGGAAACUACGCAACCCCCUUAAACCCAGCGACAGCUUGACAGCUGAGGCCAGCAUGGACGUAGAGGGGGACGAGGAUGCCGAGGGUGAAGAGGUUGAUGAGUAAAUGGCUCUAACGAGGCACGGUUCGCCUCACAAACCGUUAAAAUACCCUUUAAUACCGUUGAUGGCAAUGCAACUAGGCAGGGCAGAUAUGUAUCCC